AUGCAAAGACAUAAACAGAAUGGAAUGGCAGAAAUGAAGUACCGCCGGCUGGUGGAACUUAAUCAAAGACUUCGUGAGGAUUUAGACCGUCCCCGAGUACGAGUCAGUGAAGCUAGUACAAGAGUUGGAAGUUUAGAAAUUGCAAAAGCAGGAGUUCAAUAUCUUAUUAAAAACCUUUUGUAUUAUCAAAUGCUCACUCGUUAUAGUGUGCUUGCAUUGAUAAAUAUCAGUUAUCACUAG